AUGAAAGAAGAGGUGGAACGUGAAAUUCAGGAGGCGGCUCAGAGAAACGCCAAACCGACGAAUACAGAAAGCGAAGGUAAUAAGACGCCAUCACCAAACGAAAAUAAGGAGGUGGAUGGUUCACAUCAAGAUAAACCGAACGAAGAGGCGAUAAAGAACCCGAAUACCAAUUCCGCACAAGCUGAGGCGGGAAGCCAUACAACUGCCCAACAGCAGCGGAAUGAACAGGGCACUGAGGGCCAAAAUAAUAAAGAAAGCAAAGAUGAGACACAAGAGAAAAAUCAGAAUUCUCAGAGCAAUCCUCCAACUUCCAGUCAUUCAUCUGCUACUGAGACUUCGCCAUCACAAAAUAUGCCAACUAAUUCUCCUUCUUCAGCUUCAAUCCAUUUGAAUGUUACACAGUUAAGUGACAGCAGCAGCAGUCCUGCAUUGGUGCACAGUCCCUUAUUGCUGCUUCUUGUUCUGAUGUGUGUGCUGGGCUGCACUCUUGUUUGCUGA